GUAAGGUAGGCAUUGGCGUUGAGCGUUACUCGGUGGUCGGCGGCGGCGACAGAAGCGCUGCGGGUCGCCGGACCCCGUCCAGAACCGCGGCGGCCGCAUGUUUGCUGCGGGAGCGCGGCGGCGUUAUCUCGUGUUCGCGUGUUCGUUGUGGACCAUGUUGGCCCGGACGGGAGGUCUUCCUAGACUGGCGUGGAGCGGUUGCCGAAGCAUGGGUAAUUUCACGUCCUCGUCCGCCGGUGGUCUGUCCAGCUCGGCGUGUACGCAGUAUGUUCAGGAGGUGGUGUCACGCAACUGUGUGGUGAUAUUCUCCAAGACGACCUGCCCCUAUUGUAAAAUGGCAAAGAAUGUAUUCAAUGAAAUAGGCACCAAUUAUAAGGUUAUAGAACUGGACGAGCACAGCGACGGGAGGAGACUUCAGGAGGCCUUAGCUCAGAUGACCGGCGCCAGAACGGUGCCCAGAGUCUUCAUUAACGGGAACUGCAUCGGGGGAGGCUCAGACACCAAGCAGCUCCAUCAGCAGGGCAAGUUACUGCCCCUAAUUGAACAGUGUGCCCCCUGCUGCGCGGCCACCGGCUCCGAAGGCUCGGGUAGCGGCCAGUUUGAGUCGGCUAAAUGACUAACCGUUCUUGCUGUUUUUACUCUGCCCGGAUUUGUUGAACGUUUUCUUGGUUUUGUUUUACAAGUAGUACAUUGCUCUGUCAUGGCGGUCUUGUUUAUUUAUCAGCAUCUACGGAAUACUUCGAUCUCAUAUAGUGUUGCACAGUAUAUUUAAAGCUGCUAUAUUAUUCAGCACAAUUUGUGAAGUCUGAUUCUGAUACUUUCCAUACAAGUUUUCAGGAUAGGUGUUUUUUAAUGUACAUAAUGGCAGUCUAAAUACGGUCUCUCUAUUUGCAUGCUUACCUCUGUAUUUAGGCUUAGAGUGUCAUUUUUAUGUUUCGACUUUGACAUGCACACUUUAUUACUUUGGAUGCGAAAUGACUGUAAUACAAGUUGACAUGAACAAAGUCCUGCAUUUAUUUGUGCAUGACCUCACCAGUUCAUGAUGCCAAAAGUAUAUGGAUUUACUGGCUUUUAUUUAAUAAAAGUGGCCUUUUUUUAA